CCUUGCAGCCGGCGGGAGGGGACGGGACCAAGCGGCGAGAUGUGGCGGAGGCUGCUGGCUCUUCGCCCGGUUUCCCAGAGGACCAUAAGCACUGCCUCACGGAGGCAGAUUGAAAAUAGAGUUGCUGAGAAGCAGAAGCUUUUUCAGGAGGAUAAUGGCAUUCCAGUUCACCUUAAAGGAGGGUUAAUGGAUUCUUUAUUGUAYAAAGUCACCAUGGCUAUUACAGUUCUUGGGACAGGCUACGUCCUUUAUGAACUGACUGUCGCUUCAAUGCCGAAGAAACAGAAAUGAUUCCAGGCCAAGGUGAUGGCAUCUCUUCGUCCAGCUCCAUGUGAUUGUGGUCGUGGCUUACACGUCUUAGAAGCAGCUGACUUAAUGUUUGGAAUCACUAUUUAAUUGAAACAUGUUAACUGCAAUUAAUAAAGCAGUUUUUACAGUGCUUUGUUGUGGCCUGUAUU